CAAAUUUUAUAAUUAAAUAGUAUUUUUGCUGAUUAAUUUUUUGUGUACAUUUUUUUCUUUAAAGUUAUUUUCAUGAUUUUUUAUAUCAAUUUAUAAAAUGAAUAGUGAAGAGGAAAAAAAUUAUAUAAUAAACUAUCAUUUCUUGAAGAUAUUCAAAAUGUAUCACGUUUUUUACCCUAUGGAUAAACCUGGAUUGAAAAUUGGAAAAUACAACAUUAACUACCAUACAUUUUACCCUUUUUUUGUACUAUUAGAGUUAAAUGUUAUGGCUGGUUGCUUAAUAGGAUUUUAUUAUGUAAUCAACGAUUUAUACGCCUUCGUUCAAUUGGUACUUUCUUUAUUUACUAGUUUUAUAACUGUUUGCAAAGCAAUCAGAUUCGCUCAAAAAUACGAUGAAUUCUGGAAAUUAUUUGACGUGAUGAAAGUAAAUUUUUUAUCAUACAGUUAUUAUAGAAAAGAUAUACUCAGAAAUUAUAGGAAAAAAUGUGUAGUGGUGGCAAAUAUUUACGCCUUUAUUUGGAUAACAUCUUGUAUUUUUUGGAUAGCUAAUCCAUUUAUUAUUAAAGAAUACCCCGUGAAGAAUCGCGAAGGCAAUAUUGCAGUUUAUCGAAACAACCCAUUAAAUAUAUUUUUAGCUUAUGUUUCUUAUGAACAUUAUCAAGACUUUUAUUGGAUAAUUUAUAUAAUUGAAACAAUUAUUGUAGUACAAGUUAUUGUCGACGUUAUCCUUCAUGACAGUAUUGUGAUUCUACUAUGCUGGAUGUUGUCUGCACAAUUAGAGACUAUUGCUGCUAAAUAUGAAACUUUUGGACAUAAAAAAAUAAAUAAAGAAGAAGAUGAAGAAAUAUUUUCUGUUGAAAAUUUAGAACUUAUAAUUGCAGACCAUAUUAAAGUGAUUUCGAAAGUUAAAGAGUUGUACGAGCUCAUAAAACCACUAACAAUAAUUCAAUUAGGAAUCAUGUCUAUUAUUUUUAAUGCAUUAACGUACAUGUGUGUUUUGAUGUUUUUCAGUGAAAAUAUGUUUAUAUCUGUGAUUUCUCUUAAACUGUUUCUAACUGCAAUUGGUGUUAUGAUGAAUUUAUUUAUCUCAGGAUAUUUCUACGGAUAUCUGGAAACUCAGAAAGACGCCAUGAUUUUUGCUAUGUACAGUUGUAAUUGGACAGUUAAAGACAUAAAAUUCAAAAAGAUGUUAUUACAUGCUAUAAAAAUGAAUAAUGGAAAUAAUUUAUCUAUGAAAGUGACACCAACAAAAUUAGUGAACAUAGAGAUGUUUUCUAGGGUAGGUUUUUUUUUAAAUAAAAAUUACUCUAUUAAUAUCAGUUUUUUCAUUUUAGGUUAUGAACACAUCUUAUUCAAUAAUUUCGCUUUUGAUAAAAAUGAAACUUCAAGAGCAGUCCAAUUAGACUUAUUUUUCUCAUAAUAUAGUUAAUAAUAAUAUACA